AACAGUGUUCUUAGAGGCAGCCACACCUCAACAAGGUCUUUCUAACUUGGGACAGCAAAGUUCAAAGGAACUAAGGGACACAAACUGCGGAAGAGUCCCGAACCAAUUCGGGAGGUGAAGCUUUCAGCACGACUGGCCUCUGAAGCCCCUUGAAACAGGGCAUGGUACUUAAAGGAGGAAAAAAAGGGAACGGGCCAUCUUGUAGAACACCUGGAAUGUGAUCCAAGCCUGGAGACAAAAUGAUGGGUUGCAGCUAGAAGACCAUAAAACUAGCAAUGGAGCCCUUAUAUGAAGAAUACCUAGCAAAUCAUGGAACAAUAGUAAAACCUUAUUACUGGCUAAGCUUCUCUCUAGAUUGCUCGAACUGUCCUUACCAUAUUCGGACAGGUGAAGAAGCAAGAGUUCCCUAUACAGAAUUUUAUCAGAUUUUUGGAUUCCCUUAUGGGCCAGCGUAUCCUCAAACAAAGCACCUCACAUUUUAUGAACUAAAAACUUCUUCUGGAAGCCUGGUGCAAAAGGGCCAUGCUAGCAGUUGCACUGGGAAUAAUACCCACCCAGAAUCAAUGCUAUUCGAGAUGAAAGGUUAUUUUGACUCAGCCCUACACAAUAACAAUGCUAUCAGGCAUAUCAUUCUGUAUUCCAACAACUCCCCGUGUAAUGAAGCCAACCACUGCUGCAUCAGCAAAAUGUACAAUUUCUUAAUAACGUAUCCAGACGUUACUCUCAGCAUUUACUUUUCUCAGCUCUAUCAUACUGAGGCCGAAUUUCCUGCCUCAGCGUGGAACCGGGAGGCUCUCCGGAGCCUGGCCAGUUUCUGGCCACAGGUUACUCUGAGCCCAAUAAGUGGAGGAAUUUGGCAUUUUCUCCUCAACAGCUUUGUGAGCGGUGUCUCAGGAUCAACUGUUUUCCAGCCCAUCUUAACUGGGAGAGCACUGGCUGAUAGGCACAACGCAUAUGAGAUCAAAGCCAUAACGGGAGUGAAACCUUACUUUACCGAUGUUCUUCCCCAGACCAAAGAGAAUCAGAACAUAAAAGCUCAGGCGGCUUUAGAGAGCUACCCCUUAAACAAGGUCUUUCCUGGACAGUCUUUGCAAGUGACAAGUGGACGACAACAACCCAAUCUGACCCCAGACCUCAGGGUUCCUGUCAUUUUUGUGCUGGUGCCUUUCAGAGACCUACCACCAAUCCACGUGAGUCAAAACCCACAUAAGCCCAGGAAUAUCGUGAGGCACUUAAAUAUGCCUCAAAUGUCAUUCCAGGAAACCAAAGACCUCGGAAGGCCUCCCAUUGGAAUGCCAGUCGAGAGAAUGGAAAUCACGGAGCAGCUUGCAAGUAGCAAAGAGAUGGAUGAAAAGAAGAAGAAGAAGAAAGGAAAAAAAUAAAAACUAUUAUUUCUACAAUGUGAGACCAAACAACUACCAGAGGACUAAUUCGAUAGCAAACAAAAAUCUGGAAACUUUCUCUCU